GAGAGAGAGAGAGAGAGAGAGAGAGAGAGAGAGAGAGACGAACAUGCAAAUAUACCCAGCAUGGGUCGUAAUCUCGGGGUUUUUUUUAUAAUAUUAACCUGCAGAGGGAGCCACACCCUACUUUUAAGACCAGAAAGAGCAAUGAGAUGCAAAAUAAACAUCUCAGACAUUACUGAUGUUUAACCUGCAGGGAGCGCCGCCCCUCAAAUACCAUGAAACCGCAUUUUGACUGUGAUUGUAGCUGGUAAUAAACUCUUGAAAUUAAACCGCGCGUCAGUUACAAUACUGUGUGGAAGGAAGAAAGUGAGCAGCGUGUCCACUGUUUUCAGAAGCUGCAACAGGGUAUACUGGUAUUGCAACCCGUUGGGGACAGGUAACUUUACAAAAGGGAUAUAUGACUAACAGAGGUUUAGCAAUGUUAAGGACCUGGUUAUUCCUGAGUGUGGUUUUGUAUUGUGUUCUCUCACAAGAGAUGGAAGAAACUAUCACUUUCACACAGUGUACAGAUGGCUAUGAAUUUGAUCCAGCGAGACAGCAAUGCCGAGACAUUAAUGAAUGUGCAAUUGUCACGGAUGCCUGCAAGGGAGGAAUGAAGUGUGUGAACCAUUACGGUGGCUAUCUCUGCCUUCCCAAAACCGCCCAGAUCACUAUUAACAAUGGAGAUGAACCCUCGCAGCCCGCUCAGACUGGGCCUAUUGUUCCCCCUGUCGUCCCCACGAGACGCCCGCCUCCUCCCACCCGACGCCCUCCCCAAGUCGCGGCCAGACGCACACACUGUAAUACUGGGUUUGCACCGGAUGAGCAGAAUUAUUGCAGAGAUGUAAAUGAAUGUGAGGUCAGUAAUCCAUGUCAACAUCAGUGCUAUAACUUGCUGGGUUCGUUCAUGUGCCAGUGUGAUCAAGGCUACGAGCUCAACAGAGACAGAGUCACUUGUCAAGAUAUUGAUGAGUGCAGUUUCCCCAACUACAUGUGCCAGUAUCAGUGUGUAAAUGAACCAGGGAGAUACUCCUGUGUCUGCCCUGAUGGAUACCAGCUGCAGGGUACACGAAUGUGUCAAGAUAUAAAUGAAUGUGAAACCAGGACUGAUAAUUGCAGAGAAGAUGAGAUGUGCUGGAAUUACUAUGGCGGAUUCAGAUGUUAUCCUAGGAACCUCUGUCAGGAACCUUACAUUCGGACAUCUGAAAAUCGCUGUGUCUGUCCAUCAGGCAAUCCAGUUUGCAGAGCCGUGGCGCAUUCAAUUGUCUACAAAUACAUGAGCAUCCCUUCAGAUAGGUCCAUACCAGCUGACGUCUUCCAGAUUCAGGCAACCAACAUCUACGCCAACACCAUCAACACCUUCCGGAUCAAAUCCGGAAACGAAGGAGGAGAGUUCUUUCUGAGGCAAUCCAGUAAUGUCAGUGCAAUGCUUGUCCUGACAAAGCCUGUAUCAGGACCUAGAGAAUACAUCGUAGAUCUGGAGAUGAUUACAGUCAACACCGUACUGAACUACCGGUCCAGCUCCUUGUUAAGGCUGACAAUAAUAGUGGGACCUUAUCCUUUUUAGUCAGUCUGCACUCUAAGAACGUAAAAAGCACUUCAUUAUUUUACUUUGCUUAAUUUUAGAGAAGUCUGCAAUUAUAGCCACUUAAUACAGUGAUUGCAAAAGAGAACAGUUGGUUUAAGGUGUUGCCAAAAUAAAACACUAACAUCUAUACUAGAUAGAGAGUUUUUGAACACCUGUCAGUUCAGUAAACCUUAAAUUAAAGCACAUUAAAGGAGAUCAGACACUGAACUUAUCAACAAUUUGGCAAAACAGAUCAGAUACCAAGCAGCUACUAGCGAAUAAAAUGUUACAGACUCAUAACCCCAUUUAGUAGGCAAUGCUGUACAUGUUUAAUCCAGUAAUAACCAUUAAUGUAAAUAGAUGAUUAUGGCAGAUUGCUCCUGGCAGGGAGGUUUUCCAAAAACUUGCUGAACUUGUGUCCCUGAUCUGUUAGUUGUGUCUUAACACUUUUUUUUUUAAAUUUAGAUCAAGUAAGGACUUUUGAGAUGUAGAAACUCACAGUAUUUUCAUAUGAACCCUAGCACAUUUGGCUUGAGUCACUGGGAAUUCUAUUCCUAAAACAUUAUAGACUGUUUUCAGGAAUGUUUUAUUUAGGAGCAUUUUUUAAACAGUGCUUGAAAAAUUAGAAUAAACUUAAUAUAGGGUUUAAUAAAGGGUAUUGUGAAUGGCAAAUUUGAUUUAAUAAUUCAUAAUCAUCUUCAACAAAACAUUCCUUAUAACAGUUCCAUUGGUACUGAAGUUCAGCGUGAAAGUAUGUGAGAACGUUUCCCUAAGAGAAUGCCAACUGCAGCACUGUACUGUCACACAAGAUUCUGUAUAAUGAACAUUUAAUAAUAAAUUAGUGUGAUGUGUAUAUUACUCUGUGAUGCACUGGGUUGGAAUCGUUAUCAGCCAAUCAGAGCACUUGGUUUUCCCAAACCAUUUAAUUAAAUAUUCCUUGAAUCCCAGCUCUGCCCUAAGGAAAUGCUGCAUGAACAUUCUACAGUCACGCUCGCCUUCCAUACUGUUCAAUGCUAAUGUGAUAACGCUUCAGAUUUACGUCCCCAGCUAAUGAUCAAUAAACUAUAUUAAAAAAAAAAAAACAUAAACUCAUCAGGAGCAUUAGGAAGACAUCUCUCUCAUCAUGCAUUUGUCAAAUAGCACCAGGACUAUAAAAGGGUAAGGGAGCUAUCAUUAACAAACAAAUAACAUUAAGGUACCCUCACAAUUAAUAUGGGGGAAACACAUAAUAUUACAAUAUCUACACCAAUUCAGUUUCUACUUUCAUAAAACUUUUUGACAGGCCACAACUAAUCAAACCUACAUUGUCUCAGACUAAGCAUGUCACAUCCCCAGUCCCCAAGGUAUUUGAGAAUACAGUAAAACCUGCCUUAGCGACCACCUCUGAAGAGAGACCAUCUGUCCCGAGAGACUGCUUGCAGAGGCCACGGAAUGUUUUUCCAUUAUAAAUUUAACUGUGAAGUGUGACCACCUGUCAUCUGCAACCAGUGACCAUAUUUUCUUACUCCCAUCCAUAAAAACAAACCUGUAGGAGAAACCGAUCUCCGCUUUGAAGUUUCCAGCAAAAUAUUCUGCAUUAUAUGGCUUCAUACUCAACAUGAACCGGAACCGAAACUUGAACUUGUGAACGUCCUGUUGAAGAUGUGAACAUGUUGAAACAGAAGGUUCUACUGUAAGUUACAGUUUAAAGCUUAAAGAAGUCAACAUGGAAGCGAAAAGUGUUUCUUACCCUGGAGCAAUGUUUAAAGCAUUAUCCCUAGAGUCGGAAAAACAGAAAUCCAAAACCCGUUCGAUGGAAGGCAGAAAUCCUUGCUGAUUAUGAGUAUGAGUCAAGGCACUGUAGACUGAAAGAAAGUGCGAGAAAAAAAAGAAAGAAAACUAACAGUGAAUUAAAGAGCAGUGUUUUAAUACUGUACAUUUCAUCGUUCUUUUCAUUUAAACAAAUGCAUAUAGUUUACCUUGCCGAUUAUGAGUCAAGGUACUGUCGGCUGAAACCAGACACAUUUUUUCGAGAACAUUUUGUUCUUUUUGAUAAUGAUUGUAUAACUUCACAGUCUAGAAAAUAAGCACUUGUGUUAAAAUUGAAUUUCCUCUUCUUUUGAGUAACAUAAAUGUCAGUAAACCCACCAAGAGAUUUUAAAUAUAGUACUGUAUACUGUCUGUAAAGUUAAUAAAACAAAAAAUAAGAUAGUGUAGUGGGGUGCCUUUUGAAGCACGUGAUUAGAAUUGUACAUGAAACAUCAGUAACAAUAGUAGUCUUUCUGUACAUCGUAAAAGUGCCCAUUUUACAGCUGACCUUUGAAGAGUGACCACCUCUUACAUGCGACCACUUUUGCUUUGCUUACUCCCAUGACUGGUCACUCUUGGCAGGUUUUACUGUAUAUAUGCCCUAUUGACAAAGUUUUAUCUCAUGGGUUAUUGAAGGAAUAUAGCCUAAUGAAUAAAAUACAGUUUUAAAUUAAUGAAACUGUUCUAGACUAUUGCCAAAGAAGCUGACAACAGCCGAGAACACUUUCAUGAAUAUCAGACCAAAAAAAAAAUUCUUUAUGGGCUUUUAGAAUAUUUUAAGGACUUUAAGUGUUUGUAAACAUUCUCUUAAGUGAUUACAUUUCCUUAGAACAUUCCUUAAAAGUUUUGUGAAUAGAGCAAAAUAGUUUAAAAAGCUUUAAACAGCAGAUAUUAACCCCCCAAUCCCCCCUCUCUCCAACCCCAGCUUCAAAAUGUUUCCAGAGCCAUCUUAUCCCAGGGUCGACACAUACAUAAAGCAGAGAUUUAAUACCAUUACAUAAUCAUAUAUUGAUUGCUGUGUUCUUUUUGUGUUUGGUUUUAUGGUAAUGUCUUUGAGACUUUUUUAUUUUAUAAAAAAUAAUAUUUUUUUCUUUGUGAAAAGUACCUUUAAAUGUUUGUGAAUCUAUAUUUAAAACUUUUUUUUUCUUUUUUCUUGUCUAAUAUUGGAAACUUUCUACUGUGAUGUACAAAGUUAUUUCAUAGUUAAAUAAAAUGUAAAUCUUA